CCAUGGCCUUCGCCGGCCUGCUCGCGCCACUCGUGCUCCGGCGUCUCUUGAGGCCGCUGCGCGGGCGGCGCGGGGUCUGCGCUCGGGCCAUGGCCCAGCCGCACUGCUUCGCGCUGGAGCUCCCUGACUGCACUCUGGCCCACUUCGCUCUGGGCGCGGACGCCCCCCGCGACGCUGGUGUCCCGGACGCGCGCCCCGAUCCCCGCCGGGAGGCGCUGCUGGGGCCCUCGGGACGCAGCUACUCCCUGUGCGCGGCUCUGGCCCCAGACUUCGGCUGCCGGUCCCGGGUCCGCGCGGCGCGGCUGCACCAGCGCCUGCUGCACGAGCUGCGCCGCGGCGUCUUCCAGCGAUGCCAGCUGCGCAGUCUGCUGUGUUACUGCUCGGACGUGCAGGCCGGCGGCGCGCAGCACGGCCUCCUGCUGCAGGACCCCCUCGAUGGCCCCGACACCUGGCGCGCCCUGAUUCAGCUGCUGGACUCGUGCCAGGAAGCCCCGCGCCCGCUCCUGGGCAAGUUCGAGGCCGACCCGCACGGCCAACUGUGGCAUCGCCUCUGGGCAGUGCAAGAAGGCGUGCAGCUGCCGAUGGGGAGCUCGCGGGUUGUGCCGGCCCCGGAGCCUCCGCUGCACCCGGUGGUGCCCGACCUGCCCAGCUCCGUGGUCUUCCCCGACCGCGAAGCCGCCCGGGCCGUUUUGGAGGAGUGCACACCCUUUAUUCCUGAAGCCCGGGAGGUGCUUGACCUGGUCGACCAGUGUCCCAAGCAGGUCCAGAAAGGAAAGUUCCAGGUUAUUGCCAUCGAAGGACUGGAUGCCACUGGUAAAACCACAGUAACUCAGUCGGUUUCAGAUUCACUCAAGGCUGUCCUCUUAAAGUCACCACCCUCUUGCAUUAGCCAGUGGAGGAAAAUCUUUGAUGCAGAACCAACUAUCAUUAGAAGAGCUUUUUACUCUUUGGGGAAUUAUAUUGUGGCUUCUGAAAUAGCUAAAGAAUCUGCCAAAUCUCCUGUGAUUAUAGACAGGUACUGGCACAGUACGGCCACAUAUGCCAUCGCCACCGAGGUAAGCGGGGGUGUGCACUACCUGCCGCCGGCCCAUCACCCCGUGUACCAGUGGCCCACGGACCUGCUUAGACCCGACCUGGUCCUGCUGCUCACAGUGAACCCCGAGGAGAGAGUGCGGAGGCUGCAGGGUCGUGGCAUGGAGAAGACCAGAGAGGAGGCCGAGCUGGAGGCCAACAGUGUGUUUCGUCAAAAGGUGGAAGUGUCCUACCAGCGGAUGGAGAACCCUAGCUGCCAUGUGGUUGACGCCAGCCCCUCCAGAGAAGAGGUCCUGCAGACGGUUUUAAACCUAAUCCAAAGUCAUUGUAACUGAUGGUAGUCACUCUGGCCUGGUGCCAUAUUUGAGUGGUUUAGAAGUUGUUUGAGACAUCUAAGCCUGCCAUUUGUUAUGCAGUUUCCCUGGAUAUCUGUGGCACAAGCGUGUUGUGUAACAGAAACUUGGAGACCAGAUGAUUUAAUUCUACCCCAGCCCCCAUGCUCCCUUCUGACUGGUGGAUCCAGGAAGCCUGAGUCGGAUCAUGUUCCAGUGAGAGACCAGUGUGGACAUUUUCUUGGAACAUAUUUUUCACUCCGUAACUUCCAAAUUUCUGGAAGGCUUGUCUUAUCCAGAAAGUAUCAGCUGCAUUGAAGCAAUUGAUAUGAUCUUCCAAAUCAGUGGAGAACUCUGGUCUCUCCUUCUGCCCAGACUCGUGGUGAUGGCUUGGUAAACCCAGAGCUGGCUUCUUCCAAUCUGGUUGCCCUUCGUAAUGAUCAUCUCAGCCCUAAAUCCUACAGCCAAGUGUUCCCAAAGGGCCUGUCUACAUGUCCUGGCUCCCCAAGGACACUCCUGCAGAGACCUUUAUGGGCAAGGGCCACUUCCAAGGAAAAAGCAUCGAUCUUGUGUCUGAGACUCAGAGCCUUUUAGAUAGUGGUCUGGGUUGGCACUGCCGAGUGAGGUAGAAAGGCAUUCAACCCAAGAGACCUAACUGCAAAGAUACCAACCUUCUCUGAAUUAUAUGUUGCUUAUUUGACUUGCUUUCCUUUGCUAUAAAAUAUGGCUCAGGAUAUAAUGAACAUUUUUCACUGAGCUGGAUGCAUUUCACUCAGCUGAUCCAACAAUUUAUUUAUAUUGAUCUUUACAUCAUAUGUUUGCUCAAGGGGGGAGGCCCUGAGUCACUAAUUAUAAUCGGUGCCAAAAAGCUAAGUGCAGUAUUUAUUGUGUAUUUUCAUUACGCAAAUUUAUCUUACUAAGCAAUGGAUCCUGGAAUGGGAUUUCUUAGUAAAUUAUCUUUCACUUGAAUGUCUUAUGAUUACACAUGGAAUCAGCUUUGAGCUCUGUGUGAAUAGAAAAACCUGGCUGAGCAAGGGGAAAAGUCUUAAGCUGUGUGGCCCUCGGCAGUUGGUUGAACCACGACGCGAUUACCUACAAUUCCUUCAGUUCUAAGAGAGAUGAGUCUGUGUAUUAUUUUUAACCUGCCUACCAUUUCUUAAGAAGAUAUUACCCCCAAAUAAUUAAAUUUAAGGUCUUACCAGGUUUACCAUAUGGAAUCUAUUUUUAAAAGAACUAUAGGUAAUUUUUAACAUAAUGUAUCUGUGUAUCUAAACGGGUCACUGGUUUUAGUUGAAAAUGUUUUUAAAGCUGACACAUAGAAUGACGGUUCUUUGCAAUGUGGUGUCUAAUUAUUUUAUUGGUUUUAUUUACUUUAAAUACUUUGGAAAGCUUAUACCAGCAGCCUAGAAAAAUAAACAUGCAGUGACUUCUUCACA